AGUGACCUUGCAUAAGCCAUUCGUCCUACCUCUGUGCUAUAAAUACAAAUAGAUGUUCCAUCGCUGUUCUGAUCAAAGUCAAUUUCCUUUACCUUGUACGAAGGCACCUCGCUCUCUGAGUACCACUUCAGGAAACUCCUUGAUUUUUAAAUCUCAUCAGCAUGUUUUACCGAGCCAAAUUCCAACCUGGAGACAACCCAAGCGGCCGGCAGCUGGAUCUCAUUCAAAAGUUCGACAAGCUCAUCACUGGACAGGUUCACCUUGAUCGCAUCACAGUCCCAGGUGCUAAUGAGAUGAGCACCCAGAUCUGGCUCUCUUAUUGGUGGCCAGAAUCCCAUGCAAAGUGGUGGUCAUCGCCUGUUGUGAAAGAGUUUUGGGAUGAAUUCCCAGCAGACGCAGGCAUGUGGAGAGAGAUCCUUACAGCUACUGCCAAUCGAGUGCAAAACAUGUGCACUGCUGAGUUGAAAAACGGAAUGAAUGGUGUUGGAGAGAUGGAGCCAUUUGGUGACAAGAUCGGAUAUUGGGGCUGCGUUCGGCAUCGUAUACCGGACAUGAGUUUGGGUGACACGUUGGCCUCUUCGUUGGAGGAGAUGCCUCCACGAGUGCCAGAGACAACAACUAUUCGUCCUGGUAGAACAACUGUCACCAACCUACCGGACAACAUCUGCUUUCUAGUCGAAGGCCAAGACCAUGCGGGCAUGUCUGCUGAAGAGAAGGCCUUGUGGUUCGAAGAGUUCGACGCGCUAGUUACUGGCUGGAUGCGCUACCUAGUAGAGGAUACCACUGCCAACGGACUCUUCGAUGUGCGGAUGGGUCAUGUCUCAGACUAUGGAACGUUCAAAACUGGGACCCCAAUCAACUUGAACCAUAACAGGAAGAUCGAGAUGUUUUACUGGCAGGACAUGAGCAAGUUUGACCGGGUCGGCAGAAUUCACAAAGGCCACGUCAAGCUUGGAAAGCGGUGGAUGGAGAUUUAUGGGCCUGGUGGAGAGAUGGGUGAUAGUAAAGGCCAAAAUAAUAGUAGGUAA